AUGCCACACCCUCAGAGACUUCAGAAGGCAUAUAUGGACAAACAAUUCUCCAAAUUUUUGGAGGUGCUUAGAAAGUUUGAGAUCAAUAUUCCCUUUGUAGUGGCCCUUGAGCAAAUGCUUCUUUAUGCCAAGUUCAUGAAGGAGUUAUUGAGUAACAAGAGGGAUUGGAAGGAAAUUGAGACAGUGGUGUUGACUAAGGAAUGCAACUGUUCUAUUAAGUAUAUUCUUGGAGUUAUUGAGAAUCUGCUUGUGAAAGUAGGACACGUUAUCUUCCCUGCUGAUUUUGUGAUACUGGAUAUGAAAGAGGACAAAAAUGCUUUUAUUAUUCUUGGAAGAUCCUUUUUAGCCACAGGAAGAUCCCUUAUUUAUGUUCAAAAGGGUCAAUUAACUCUAAGAGUCAAUGAAGAGAAAAUUAUUCUCAAUGUGUUAGAAGCCCUGCAAUACCCCAUUUUGAGGGGUGUUUGA